AAAAAAAUAAAAGAUCUCGGUGUAUUUUGUGCGUCAGUAGAAAUAAAAGAUCUAGGUGUAUUUUGUGGGUCAGUAGAAAUGAAAGAUCUAGGUGUAUUUUGUGGGUCAGUAGAAAUGAAAUGUCUAGGGGUAUUUUGUAGGUCAGUAGAAAUGAAAUGUCUAGGUGUAUUUUGUGGGUCAGUAGAAAUAAAAGAUCUAGGUGUAUUUUGUCAAUGUAUAUUUUGUGGGUCAGUAGAAAUAAAAGAUCUAGGUAUAUUUUGUGGGUCAGUAUAUAUAAAAGAUCUAGGUGUAUUUUGUGGGUCAGUAUAUAUAAAAGAUCUAGGUGUAUUUUGUGGGUCAGUAGAUAUAAAAGAUCUAGGUGUAUUUUGUGGGUCAGUAGAUAUAAAAGAUCUAGGUGUAUUUUGUGGGUCAGUAGAUAUAAAAGAUCUAGGUGUAUUUUGUGAGUCAGUAGAAAUAAAAGAUCUAGGUGUAUUUUGUGGGUCAGUAGAUAUAAAAGAUCUAGGUGUAUUUUGUGGGUCAGUAGAUAUAAAAGAUCUAGGUGUAUUUUGUGAGUCAGUAGAAAUAAAAGAUCUAGGUGUAUUUUGUGUGUCAGUAGAAAUAAAAGAUCUUGGUGUGUAUUUUGUGUCAGUAGAAAUAAAAGAUCUAGGUGCAUUUUGUGGGUCAGUAGAUAUAAAAGAUCUCGGUGUAUUUUGUGGGUCAGUAGAUAUAAAAGAUCUCGGUGUAUUUUGUGGGUCAGUAGAUAUAAAAGAUCUAGGUGUGUAUUUUGUGUCAGUAGAAAUAAAAGAUCUCGGUGUAUUUUGUGGGUCAGUAGAAAUAAAAGAUCUAGGUGUAUUUUGUGGGUCAGUAGAUAUAAAAGAUCUAGGUGUAUUUUGUGUGUCAGUAGAAAUAAAAGAUCUAGGUGUAUUUUGUGUCAGUAGAUAUAAAAGAUCUAGGUGUAUUUUGUGUGUCAGUAGAAAUAAAACAUCUAGGUGUAUUUUGUGUCAGUAG